AAAAUCCUGCGUGUCCAGCUCGAGAAUAGGAAAGCUUUGAUGUGCACACGAAGUGGUGGAAAUAGUGUAGAAGUUCGUAUCGUGGGUUUUGCUCGAAGUAAUCCACUGCUUUGCUGUUCGUGCAAGUACUAUUUCGUUUUCGAGUUCUCCGUGUGGCGUUAUAGGGAAGGAAACAUGUCUGAGGCUCUGAAUGCAUUGAAAGACUUCGUCCGUCAGCCAACUGGACAGAACCAGGCUGAUGAUACGGUUGUUCUUCAUGUGACGCACUCCAAUCUCAAGCAACGUUUUAUUGAGAUUCGCGUUGAUCUCCAUACUACAAUCGAGAGAUUGAAAGAAAGGCUACGUGAUCGAUCCGGUACAGCUGUGGAGUCUAUGCGCUUGCAGCUUUAUGAUGAGGACAACAAUAAAAUCUGUGAUUUGCUUGAGGAUUUUCGCCCAUUAGGUUACUACUCUCCUUUCGAUGGGUAUCGCAUACACAUUACCGAUAUAAACCCCACAUCUUUAUCAGCAGGCGGGUGGUUGGAGGACACUUCUUUGGUGGAAAAAUAUAAUAUAUCAGAAGAUGCAUAUAAUAAGCGUGAAGAUACUUACAGGAAAUACCGUGAAAGGAAACUUGCGGAGGAUCCAACAUGGACUUUCGCCAAAGAGAUUGCUAUGCGCAAGGGCGAAACUUAUGUACCACCUCAACAGGUUACAGAUGAUUAUAUGGGUGAUAUUGCUGCAAAUAUUAAGGUUGGUGAUCGUUGUGAGGUUGACCCGGGCGGCAAGCGAGGGGAGGUAAAAUUCGUGGGGAAAGUUGAAGUGCUUGCUGCUGGCUACUGGGUUGGAGUACAGUAUGAUGAACCCGUCGGCAAGCAUGAUGGCGUAGUAAAGGGCAAGCGUUACUUCACAUGCCCACCAGGCCAUGGCUCCAUUCUACGACCUGACAAGCUUAAGGUUGGAGACUUUCCAGAGCGUGAUCCUUUUGAUGACGAGUUCGAAGAAAUCUAAUGUUUGCAAUAUAGGAUAUCUUUACCUUUCCAAGUGCUGGAAGUUCAGUUUGAUUUCUUUCCACUUGUUUUUUCGUGUGGCAAUUUUUCCUUUUUUCUUUUUUCUUUUUAUCCUGUCUCAGCAAGUUCUUAAUUUUGUUUAUCCUGCACUUUUGUAAUUCAUUUCUUUUAGUGGGACAGAAACGUAGAUUAAUUUAGAAAAAGUGUCUGGUAAUUUGGAUUUGUUCACUCACACCUUUGAUCUUAGCAAAUCGCCAGCCAGUUAAGAAUAGAUUCGAAAGUGAGUGGUACAGAUAAUCUGAAGGUAAUUCACCUAUUAAAGAUGCAUUAUAUAAGCCCAGCACAUGAUUAACUACUAUAAGUGCUUUCUUCUGUGUACUCAGAAAUUAUGACAAUUUUCUGAGGUGCAUUUAAGUCUCCACAAGAGAUUACAAUGUUUUAGGAUCUCACAUACCCGAAUAAACUUUAGUUAAAUAUAA